AUGAUGGCAACUACAAUUAAAGGUGUUCCAUGGCUUGGACAAUCUGCAGCUUAACAGGUGUAUGGUAUUCAAAGCAUGCUUCGUUGUUUGCCUAGGUUACUCAUGUCAAGCCCAGGUGUCAGGUUUCAGCGUGGUAAUAAAUCUCCGGGAUACAUUCCCCGCUGCACACAUUAGAUUCGGUCCGGAGUAGAUGAAUGGAAUAAUUAAAACAAGUCGUCCAAUGUGAGCAGUUGGAUGUAGUUUUGACCCAAGUGCAUGUUUGAAUAAUGGGUUAAAACCGCUGAACAUCGAAUGUGACACUGAUGUUGGACGCAUAUAGCGUUCAUUAUAGCUGGUGUGGACAGACUGUCGCCGUCCAGGAGUAGAACCCCACCGCCCCCCAUGUACUGUGCGUGAGGCCAUAAAACAGGACUUCGUCGAUUUCAAGAUGGCGGUGUCCCGUGUGGUCCGCCAGCUGCGGUACUGCCACGACAACCCUGACGAGUACAAACUUUGUGACAAUCAGAUUUGUGUGCCAGUCGACCGAGAGUGCCCAUGUGACCUGGAGCAGUUCCAGUGUCUAGACGGCCGCUGUCUACAUCCAAGUCUCCUAUGCGACGGCAACUUAGACUGCCUCAAUGGCGAGGAUGAGACAAUAUGCAAAUCCUCUCCUACAUCCGAUAAAGAUGUUAAUCCCCCAACCUCAGUGAUAGCCGGCGUGUGUAUCGCCAUCAUCGUCGUCACCCUCGCCGUCAUAGCGGUGCUGGUGUUCCUCAGACGCCGGCGACUGCGGUCCCUGCAUCGAGAGUCAGGUUCUGAACCCCUUCAAAGUGGCGCAUCCAGCAGCGAUCCCUCCACCGAGACUGAACACACAAGUGACAGCGACGCCUACAGAGUCGUGCCUAAAGAAGACAUCGUGGUGGAUGACUUUUCAGAUUUCGCUGAUGCGCUGUGUACAUCAACACCCAGACCGGAUAUCCGGCGGCAAGUACAUCCGGGUCAAGGUCGUCAAGGGGCGAUAAAAGCGUCUAUGUUGAUGGCGGUGACGUGACGCUACACUGGCUUUAGGUCUGGUUACUAUCUUUGAUAUUUAUUCAAGUUAUGCAGUUGUAUGACCCGAAAAAUACCACAUAAUCAACAAUGCUGCUCUGUCAAAUGCUACCAUGGGUGGUGAUGUUUGACACGAGUAAACCAUGACUAUGACUAUGACAUAUUUAGUGCUGAGUUCGAUCGAAACGAACGACUUCCUACCAAAACAAGCUGUUAUCGAUUGCCAUGGAAACUACCAUGCUGUGUUUUCCCCAAAUGGGUACAAUGUGGGAAGCCAAUUUAUGAUGAACCGAGUCUUGAUACUGCUAAAAUAUUUCUAAAAGCGGCGUAAAAUGAUACUCACUCACCCAUUGUGCUGAUAUUAGUUAAGACUACUCUUCAUCCAUUGUCAGUAUCCCUUCGUGUUACCAAUGUUUUACAAACAAUCUAUGUUACAUUUCGUUAAGUGUUUGCAAAUAAUAACGAUUUUGAAUACAUGAUGUACAUCAUGUAAUUUAAAAAUGAGAAAGUGUUGGACCAAUACUUGAUUUCUAUUGACGGGCGUGUGGAAAAUGUGUAGCACUUGUCAUGUAUCUUCUCAGUUUGACACGAGAAACGUCCAACGUCCAAUCUUGGUACUAUUUUAUAUCGUCGCUAACAAAUUUAUGCUAUUUAAUGUUUCGAGAUGAAAUAUGUGGUUUACACUGAAGAUCAAACACCAGACUUUCACUGUUGCCUGAUCAUGAAGACAUACCCCAAGGUUAUAACGUCAAACGUUUGUUGACGCUGAGGUUACACAAUGCUGAAUGAGAGAAGUGUGUAAACAUUUUGAUAUGGUGUUUAUUUUUGUUAGGAAACAAAUAAAACUGUUCAUAUUCAACAUG